AUGACCCAUAAUAUUUAUGAUGUUAAAAAUCUAACUCUAACAGAAAUUGAAAUUUUACUCCAAGCUAAUAGGAGAACACUUCAUGACUACAAGCCAAUUCCAUAUCCGAACGGUUAUGUUCUCGAACAGCUAGGGAACAGGCUUAUCUAUGAAGAGAGGAUGUACAAUGUUGCCGUUAUGAAGUCCGAAUUCGAAGAACUUUAUAGAGCUCUAACAGAUGAACAACGUCAUAUCUAUGACGAAAUCACAACAGCGGUGGAGAAUCAAAGUGGAGGAGUCUUUUUCUUGCAUGGCUACGGGGGCACCGGAAAGACUUACAUGUGGAAAACGCUUGCAACGUCUUUGAGAUCAAAACAUGAAAUUGUAUUAACGGUUGCUUCGAGCGGAAUAGCGUCUUUAUUGUUACCUGGAGGUAGAACUGCACAUUCUAAGUUCAAACUUCCUGUACCAACUUUGGAAAAUUCUACUUGCGGGAUUGACUAUGAUGAUGAUUACGGCGAACUACUGCGGCAAAGUAAGUUGAUUAUUUGGGAUGAAGCCCCGAUGGCAAGUAAAUUUUGUUUUGAAGCCUUGGAUAAGACUUUGAGGGAUGUAAUGAGUACAUAUGGUAAUUCUACAAAGGUAUUUGGUGGUAAGGUUGUCGUCUUUGGCGGAGAUUUCAGACAAAUCUUACCUGUUAUUCCUAGAGGGAGUCGAUCGGAUAUUGUUCACUCUGCGAUCAAUGCAUCUUACAUUUGGAACUCAGUGAAGGUCUUGACUUUAACUAAAAAUAUGCGAUUGCAAGGAGGUCAAACUGAACAAGAGAAGCAAGAUAUUGCUGAUUUUUCCAAAUGGCUUCUAAAACUAGGUGAGGGAAGGAUCGCUGAGCCAAAUGAUGGAUAUGCUGACAUUGAAAUUCCAAGGGACAUUUUAAUUGAAGACUUCCAUGACCCUAUUGUUGCCAUUGUGAAUAGUACUUAUCCUUCUUUCUUGGAUAAUUACCAAUCAUACGACUACCUCAAAAGUCGAGCUAUUUUAGCAUCAACCAUUGAAGUUGUUGAUCAAAUAAAUACUCACAUCCUUAACUUGAUGCCAGGUGAAUCAAAGGAAUAUUAUAGUUCUAACUCAGUUGAUAGGUCAGAAAUUCAUGACAAUAGCAUCCUUGAGGUUCUAAGUCCCGAAUUUCUCAGCUCUUUGCGAACUUCUGGAUUGCCAAACCAUCACAUCACAUUAAAGGUUGGAUGCCCAAUUAUGCUUAUGCGGAACAUCGAUCAAUCCGAAGGUUUGUGCAAUGGUACUAGGUUAAUUGUAACUAAAAUGGCAAGUCACGUAUUGGAAGCUCAAAUAAUGGGGGGAAAAGGACAUGGAAAAGUUACCUACAUCCCAAGGAUGGAUAUGUCACCAUCACAAUCACCUUGGCCUUUCAAGUUGAGUAGGAGACAAUUCCCAAUCAUUGUGUCUUAUGCAAUGACCAUCAACAAAUCUCAAGGACAAUCGUUGGAUUGGGUUGGAUUAUAUAUUCCUAAAGAUGUAUUUAGUCAUGGGCAAUUAUAUGUGGCUUUAUCAAGGGUGACAAGUAAGAAAGGAAUAAAGAUUUUGAUUCACGACGACGACAACAAGCCAAAGUCUUCUACCACCAACGUCGUAUACAAAGAGGUCUUUGCCAAUAUCUAA